ACAGUGUAGUCCCUUGUACUGGCAUUCGGUUAUCGGAUAUCUCUCAUUGGAAUGUUAUGUGCCCUUGACAUAGAUUAUUUAAAAUGUUUAAACGUGGUUAAUUUUCUAUUUUCCCUAUAAUACCAUUGACAUUUUAAUAUUGACAUGCGCAGUAAAACAUCAACUCAUGCGUAAAGGAAGUGAUAUUUUGUGUUUACCCAAAAUAAUCUUAAUCAGAAUGAACACUGGAAUAUAACAUGGCAUAUUUAGAAUUCUCCGGAUUGAUAAUGGACUAAAGUAAACAGAAAGCAUAAUUCUCUGGAUUGAUAAUGGACUAAAGUAAACAGAAAACAUAUUUCCAAACAUGUAAUGGCCGAUGAAGACUUUGACAAGGACCUGUAUAAAAAUUGGGUCCGUGGUGCCAAAGGUUUAGAGUACUUACAAGAAGGACUUCAAGACUUUGUUGGAGAUAAAGUGCAACAGUGUCGUAACCAAUCCUUGCAAAAUAUAACAGAUGUCUUGCCCACAGAAUCUGCACAUCAAUGCAAUGAAUGUACGGCUGAAAAUCUUUUGCCUGAACACGCGAAAAAGAAGAAAGCCUGUAAUAGAAGCACGUGCCUAGAAACAUCCCCAAAUAACUGCUUUGGUAGUAAACCAAAUGGUCGUAGAAAAUGCCCGAAUGGAAUAUGCAGUCAAUUAUAUGAUAAAAUUAUACUUGAACAUUCCUCGAGAGAUCCGCUUUGGAAGAAUACAGACCCAAGUACGUGGUGUUCAGAUCCGCUUGGGUGGAGCUAUGGAAAAUGUUUCCAAACAACAUCAGGCCCUGGUAUUUCAGCUAGCACAACUGAUGCUGCCGGACUCCUUAGCAUUCUUAUCAAUAACAUAACGCUACAGAACGCCUGGCUAGCGUGCAAUGACAUGUCUUCAAAAACAACGUGCCCUUUUAACAGGGCGAGAGAUAUCCGUAAUGCAAUUUUACAUAUUUCAAAACUCGAACUUGAUGAACCAACUUUAGGCUACUAUUUAAAUACAUUCAUAACAGUCCUUCAAGAUGCAAAAUGUCUACUUAACUGCAAUGGAUCGAAAAAAGCUGUUGAGAAGCUAUUACAGUUGAAAAACCAACAGUUCAAUAUAAGCCAGAUAGAUGAAACAAAACUUGUCCAAAAUCGGAAAGAAGAUUCGUAUCUUAGACGGAAAACAGACCUGAGAGACGAUUUAGUAACAUUCUACAAAGACAGGCACAGUUCUAUUCCACUUGUACCGCUAUUUGAGGAGCACGACACACCAUUGGUAGAUUUUUAUGUUUUGCCACAAAUUAAUUCCAUUGAAGUUCAGAAGAUGUUUUCAGGUGAGGAGGAAAGUAAUACUCCAGUCAAGUUGUCGGACAUGUUCAAGUCGGGAAGCAAAUACUGUCGUGAAAUAUAUCUAAUCGCCGAUGCUGGAUUGGGGAAAACGGCAUUUUCAAAAUAUCUGGCUGUCACGUGGUGCCAAGCUCAUCGUCCGGAAGAGAAAUUUAGGCAUUAUUUCCCAGAAGAUGCAAUAAAUGCCAUGCGUGAAUUUGACUUUUUAUUUCUGGUGUUAUUACGAGAUUCUUCUGAGGAUUGCAGCAUAGAUGAUUUAAUUGUAAAUCAAAUUAUGCGACAUUUGUCUAUCUCUUGCACUAUGACAAUAGAUUCUCUUUAUGAGAUCCUGCAUCGUGAAAGAUGUUUAGUAAUCCUAGACGGACUAGAUGAAUGGACCCAUCCCGAGAAGAAAUGCGUGAAAGUACCAGAAACAAUCCCUCAUCGUAAUGCACGUAAAAAAUGCACAGUCCUGACAACGACGAGACCUUGGAAAUUAAGUGUCCUUAAACUUAAGACUAGUCAAAUAGAUAAGAAAGUAGAAUUAGUAAAACUAACCUCAAAUUCUGCACAGACGUUAAAGGAAAGGGCAAUAUCAAAAAUAAAAGAUCUAGAUGUUUCUGAAGCGAAAGCCUUUGCAGAAUCCUUGAAUACAGAAAUAAAGGAGAAACAACUUGAGAAUCUGGAAUCCGUCCCCCUUCUUUUGAUGUAUCUCGUUUGUUUAUGGUGUGAUGAUCUUCCUCUAGGACGGACAAAGAGUGAGCUAUAUACAAACAUAAUUGAACUCCUGCUAUCAAGAACAGUUAGCAAGUACCCGGAACUAGAAACAACGAGUGCAUCAUCUGAAACUAAUAUUCCACACUUUCUCAGUGAACAUGUACGUUGUUUGAAAGACUUCAAACUCCUAAAAGCUUUAGGACAAUUAGCUUUUGAAACUUUAUUCGAUGAAAAACGUGAAAGCACGCUGGUUUUUCCCAAGUCAGUUACUGAAAACUUUCUAAACCAAAGUUAUUUAGAUUUAAGUCUUCGAUCAGGAAUAUUAUCACAAAAUACAGUACAAGAAAAAGUAACCAGACAAAGUUCUAAAGUUUCGUUUUCACACAAAACUAUACAUGAAUAUUUCUGUGCACUGCAUAUUAGCUGCCAAAAUGAAAGUGAUAUCAAAAAUAUUGUCCAACAAAAUGUCAACAGUUUACAAAAGAUACUGGAUAUAUCGAAAGUGUUUGUUUUUAUUAGUGGAAUGAAUACUGAAAGCAUGUCUUUAAUAUCACGCCAGUUAAUGUCAGUGGUCAAUCAGGAUCAAAUAACGAGAACAUACAGAUCUAUGUCACUUUACGAUAAGACGUACGUUAAUCCUCUGAAAGACAUACAAAACAUGUACAUUUCUUGUUUGAAAGAAAACACGGAUAAUACUUCUCUUUGUUUCGAGGAUGUUAUCAUCGACCGUGACUAUCAAAAAGAAAAUCACUUCUUGGACUUAAAAUGGCUGGGGAAAAGUAAUAAAAGCAAUAUACAGACAAUAUUAAUCAAAACAGGUGUUCAUAGUUUACGUGAACUUAUUGAUCAGUACGAACUUGAUGACUUGUACAGCGUCAAGAAAAUUUACUACAAAGGAGAAUGUAAGGAAGCGGAAAUCAUUCGGUUGUUGACAAACAAGUCGCUGGAAUGUGUAACUAUUAUAUCAAGUACAUGGCAAGGUAUUUACUUUAAUGGGGAACUUAGUUAUUGUUCCAGUGAACUAGCUAAAACAUUUCAGAACAUUUCUGAGUUACGAGCAAUUCAUAUUAAUUAUUUCAAGAUGGAGUACGAUGUGCUGAAGGAGUUUGUGAAUUAUAUUAUUAAUAGAAAAUCAAUGGCGGAGAUUAGAUUGGUCAACAUACACUGUGUCACACACGAUAUUUCCUGCAGUGAAAUGAAUUUGGACUUUUCCCAGCAUUCGGAUCUAAGGAAGUUAGCAUUGGCCACUAUAUCUGUGUCACAAUUAAAAGUGAAUGUAUCAUCGUUAGAGGAAUGCAAUGUAGGACGUUUACCUAAGCCCGGUCUGGUGACGUCAUUCCUGAGAGAACUGCCAGCAGCCAGCAAACUACACACAUUUAGUUGUAGUUAUUUAAAAUCUUAAGAUGACAUUGAAACAUUGCUGCAGACAUUACCAUUAUUAGGUCCAGUGAAAGAAAUUUAUUUGUAUGGUAUCCGCCUUGGUGAAAGGUCACUGUCUCUGUCACCCGAACUGGUAAAUAUACAGCUUGUUUGGUUGGAGAGUGUAAAAAUGUCUUGUUUAUCGUUACAUAAUUUAGUUAAGGACGUAGAGAAACUUCGAGAACAGUCAGUGACAGUAAGAUUGCAGGUUUGUAAUAUAAAACCUAAAAGAAAAUUUGCAGACCUGAAAAAAUAUAUAAAAACAUCAGAGAAUUUCGCAGUCACGCUUGAUGGAAACACUCAGUUCAAACAGUAUGCAUUUGAGUUUCAAACAGUUGAAGACAGAAGUCAGACCAAAUCAAAUCAAAUCAAAUCGGAAGUUAUUUAUUGUCGGAGAGAUUUCAACAAGUUAACGUAAGCUAUGUAUUGCUUUUUACGGACACAACGGAAGCCGAAUUCAUUAAGUUAACGCGUGGCCUUGGGCUGAUUGUGUAAAUAUUCCAUAAACAUAAAACAUAACACAGUGACAUAUGACAUAUAACGCUUGAAAUAGACACGAAAAGAGUUAGAUAUUUUUUCCUAGAUGAAGAGGAUAGAGGUGCUUAUGUUCAUGGACUUAUGUCAGCCGGAUAUAUUACACAAGUGAGUUACUGUAGAAUCUGGUAAAUAAGCGCAUAUUCGAAUAUAAGCGCAUAUAAAAAAUAAGCGCAUGCGGCCUUACCGUUAUUCCGUAUGGGAUAAUAAGCGUAUAUCAUUCCCUUACCAUAAUUUUGUCUCGAAAGUAGGCGCAUAUCCAAUUAUUGGUAAUCAAACAGCAUAC